CUGGACCGCACUGAGGUGAUCAAGAGUAACCUGAAUCCGGUCUUUGCCAAAGUCUUAAUGCUGGACUACUACUUUGAGGAAGUACAGAAACUACGCUUUGAAGUCUACGACAUUCACGGAACCCACAGUAUUGGGACGCGAGACGACGACUUCCUGGGUGGGGUGGAGUGCACGCUUGGACAGAUAGUGGCCCAAAAAAAGAUGGUGAAACCUCUGUUGCUGAAAUAUGGAAAAUAUGCUGGAAAAUCCACUAUCACAAUUCAUGCAGAAGAGAUUUCUGGGAACAAUGGCUAUGUCGAGCUUUCCUUCUGUGCCAAGAAGUUAGAUGAUAAGGUUGCCAUUGACUUCACGGCGUCCAAUGGGGACCCUCGCAAUAGCUGUUCCCUGCACUACAUCAACCCAUAUCAGCCGAAUGAGUAUCUGAAAGCCUUGAUAGCCGUGGGGGAGAUCUGCCAGGAUUACGACAGUGACAAACGAUUCUCUGCUUUGGGCUUUGGGGCAAGAAUUCCACCUAAUUAUGAGGUGUCUCAUGACUUUGCCAUCAAUUUCAACCCGGAGGAUGAUGAAUGUGAAGAGAUCCAGGGGGUCGUGGAAGCCUACCAAAACUGCCUGCCCAAGAUCCAGCUCUACGGUCCCACUAAUGUGGCUCCCAUCAUCAACAGAAUAGCUAAGCUGGCGGCUGGGAAAGAACCCAUCAAAGACGCUUCUCUGUAUCAUAUCCUACUGAUCCUCACAGACGGGGUGGUAACAGACAUGGCCGAUACACGGGAGGCCAUUGUUCGGGCCUCCUAUCAACCUAUGUCCAUCAUUAUAGUGGGAGUGGGAAACGCCGACUUCACAGACAUGCAGAUCCUUGAUGGGGAUGAUGGAGUCCUGCGCUCACCCAAAGGGGAACCCGUCUUGAGGGACAUCGUCCAGUUUGUGCCCUUCAGAGACUUUAAAACGGCUUCACCAGCUGCACUGGCAAAGUGUGUCCUAGCGGAGGUGCCUAAACAGGUAGUGGAGUACUUCAGUCACAAGGCCAUACCGCCGAUGAACCCAGUGCUGAACUCAACCCCCAACUCUAUCGCCAGCACACCUGAAUAACACUCAACCUGAGGUCCGGUCCAGCCCUGUACACCUCCACAGUUUUGAAACAGAUGAGAGCUGGGACAGGGCUGCAACAACAUACAGUAUACACUGUCAUCCUGACUACGUUUUGUUCAUUCGUAAGCUGUUCAUACAUGACUGACGGUUUGGAUCUUGGUGUCUGAUCUUGCCCUUGACACCAUGACUGCUCUCUCAGCAUGCAAACCGGAGUCCUUUUCCCCUCUGCCUCGCGUAAGAGCAAACAAUACAUUGAAUUCCCAUCAGGACCAGGCCUUCUGAUCCCCGCUGACUCUUUUCAACUUCACAAAGCCACUUCUGCAUUCUGCAUAUUUUGUAUGCCCUUCAGAGCUUUGAAGACUUUGCUCUGCCUGCCUGUGGGCUCUUUUCAUUCCUGGACUCCACGAGAACUGGAGCAGAAAUGCUGAGAACCAUACGAUACAAUGUAAUAUGAAUAACCAAUCUAUAGAUAAUAGCAUGUACAUUGACUAAAAGAGUAUGCUUUGGUUUGGCUGGACACAUAUGCAUAGUUCAUUGCAAGAUGUAAAUGGGUGUGUGAGAAUGGUCAUCAUCUGGCUAGUCGAUUAGGCUAGUCGUUUUAAAUAUUUUAGCGGUGGUGCUUGAAUUAGCAUGCUGACGGAGCGCUGUUUGACAGUUUGCACGAUCUUCAAAUCCAUCGCCUUUAAGACACCGGCAACACAGCCAUUCACAUGCAGACAGGGUGUUUCCAUGAUGUCUUUUAAGCAUCUUGCACCGUGAGCAUUAUUAAGACAUCAAAUUAAAAGGAGUUGCUUACAGAAAAAUACAUUGAGAUUCUUGCGGUCUGUUUCAUUCUGUUGUGUCUAGCAUGAAUGCAUAUUCUGUCAAUGACCCCUAACAAACAUUAGCGAUCAUAAAGUGUUGAUCAGCCGACAGAAAUGAUACAGAAUUAUUAGUUGACUAGUCAGUUGGUUGCAUGAGAAAAUUGUGAAUUCUUUCAAAUUCUGUCUACAAGUCUGCGCCAAUGCACUGAUUCAAAUAUAAACUACUUGAUUUUAUCCCUGUUUAAAUGGUUUGUGGAAACACGUGAAUAUUGCCAAGAGGGAAAAAAUGCCACAGGCACUUUGUCAAUCAUGAGAGAAGUGCUCUAAUUAAAAAAGCGAAGUGUGUAAUUUCUGCGCCUGUAGCAGAGCCAAGAGGAUUUCAUAAAUACUGUAAUUCUGUUGUUUUCAAACUGUUUUAAAUACACUCUCCCAUUUUCUGUCAUAGUCCUGCCCCAACCUCACUCCACCUGAGAAUGGCAUGUCUACCCUUGUGAAAAAGAAGUAAACUUAAUUGUAUUGACAGCCAUUGUAGUGUUUAAUAAAAAAAACUGUACUUGUAGUAAGUAUACUUAAAGAGAGUACACUUUACAAAGUUCACUUUGUAAUAAUUCAC